AUCUUUUCCAGUUGAGCCUGAAUGCCCACGUCCGCAGGUGUACGUUUUAAUUGUUGCCAAUUAUGGAUAUGGAAACUAUAAUUACUAUUUUCAUCAAAGUCAUAAAAUUGGUGAUAAAUUUAAUAGUCAUUUUCCUUUACCGAUAUGGUUAUUCUGGUCAAUUCUUGGGAAUUGGAGGAACGUGGAACUUGAACGAGGAGAAGGAUGCAACAGCUGAGGUUGUUGCUUCGGGCGUCCUUGUUGGAUUUUUCAUCUACACUUCUGUCAUACUCAUGGCAUUCUGUUUUGGUACAACAAAACACAAAGCCAGCGUUGUUGACAUAAUCAUGAAUAUUGUUGGAACAAUAAUGUUUGUCGCGGUCGGAGGCGUUGCCCUCCACUACUGGGCCGGCUACCAGAACAUGAAUCACUUCCAGCCCAUUUCAACAGAAAAGCAAGUUGGGUUCGCAGUAGGAAGUCUUUGCAUAAUUGAAGGCGCUGUCUAUCUAAUUGACACAGUGUUGACUUUUUUCCAUAUAGUUAAAAAGAACGACCUUUUUUAAACAUUAA